UACCCUGCCCAUCUGGCUGGGUUUCCCCAGCCACUCUGGGCACCUCCCAACAGGUAAUUUUGCCUACCUUACCAUUUCAGCCUGAUCUCCCUUCAGCAGCUGAGGAGACCACCCCCCAAGUUUUGAUUUCUCAGAUUUCCUGCAUUAAGUGAAAUUCCUGCGCUUAAGUUUCCCUGAACCGCAACCCAGUUAAGCUGAAGCACUAGCCUGUAGACAAAGAGGAAAGGAGUGUAUGAUCUCAGGAGGAAUGUGCAACCUACGGUAUGUACCUGAGUCAGGUCCAACAACAGUGACCUCACCCAAUAAAGAUUCUGGGACCCAGCCCAAAAAAAUGAAUAACCAAACAAACCGGAAGCUGCCAGGUGUGUAUAAAAGUGUUUCUGAGAGGUGAGCUCCCAGCCUGCAGAUGUUGGACUAUUCUCAAUAUUUCUUCCUUCAGAGGAGCUGUACUAAUGACUGAGGAACUAGACUUAUUUAGGCAUGAAGAGGAUCACACCCUUUUGGCUUCAGGUGAAUUAUCAGGCGUUGGUACUUUAUCAUUUCUAGAACACUUUCAGCUUGUGAAAGACGUUCCUUUGAAUUCCACGUUUCCUUUUGCAGCAGUCUGGUGAGGUAGGGCGAUAAUACGCCCAGGUAUUUUACACAAAGGAAACCUGAGGCCAAGAGCGAAAGUCACUUUCUCGGUGCUGUACAGAGAAUUCACAGAAGAGGUGGGGUUUGAACCUGGCCCUCUAAAAUCGAACUCUCCACUAGCUAUUUCAAGCUCCUGGCUUGGAAUUUAGAAGCACAAAUGUGGAUUCAGAUCAUCACUGCUCGUGGUUCAUAAUUGAAAUAGCAGAGAGAAAAGAGCAGGCUUGUCAGCACACCAGCAAUUUUAUGUGUGCCAGUUGCUAUGGAAGGAGAGCAGGAGCUCAAAAAUGGGACCCUUCGGCAAGAUGCUGCAGAGACCAUCGUGAUGAUCCCAGCAGACACCCAGGAGAAGGACAUGCCUGCCAAGCCCCCUUCUUUUCAUAAACACAGACUGCGCAGCCUGGCCAUAUUUAGCAUCAUCUGUGGCUGCUCUUGCAUCGGAGUCCUAGCACUGAUCUAUGCAGUCAAGGCUAGUGAGAAGCAAAAGGCUGGUUCCCAGGUAUCAGCGGCUGACUGGGCUCGGAGGUCCCGGAGAUUGUCUGUCUUAAGUAUCAGUGUCUGGGUGUCCCUCAUCAUUCUGGUGCCCGUGUCAGUGUACCUCAUUUCCUACCUCUUAACUCAAGCCGAAUGAUGAUGACCCUGAAGAACAUGUGACUUGGGACUUCCAGGACCAUCUUCUCCUCUGGUUCCCACAUACUUGCCCAGCUGGAAUGAGCAGAAGUGGGUAUUAUGUGGGUCUUUGUUACAUGCACCCUGGUCUGGUGUACUCUUGUCAAAGCCUUCUUUGUGGAGGUCCUAGGAGACUGUAGAAACAGAACAGCUUCUGCUGCAGACAUUGGAUCUCCAUGGCUUGCUUUUAUGGACUGCUUCUAUGGACAUAUAUCUGGUUCGCUACAGUGGAAUACAGGAUGCUGGACUAGAGGGGGCUUUGCUCUGAGCUGGGAAGUGCCUCUUCUUUAAGCUCUAGCGUAGCUGGGAUAUGCCUGAGUUCUGCUUGGGACAAAGUAUGUGCUCUGUCCUGCUUCAGGUUUUGCUCCUGCACGUAAGUGCUAGGAUCCACUCCCUUGGAACUGAAGGAUAUUGGAAACACAGGAACAUACUUUCUGCACUGUGCUGUGUUUCUUGCUUCAAUCUUUUAUUUAUUUAUUUAUUUUCAAUAAGCAUGUUUAUUCUGCUCAUUAAUUUUAUAUGCAAAAAUACAAAUAAACAGUUGCACUACUGUGAUUUUUAUGGGGGUGGUGUUUUUUGUUUUGUUUUGUUCCACUUGUCUCUUGGGUGGCCAUUACAGGAGUAGGGCUGGAAGAAACAAAUAAAACAUUGGACUUGGGGUCUAGUGGCAGGAAUAGUUGUGCCCCCUGCCAGGUGUGGUAGAACUCCAACUCUCAUCAGCCCCAGUUGGGAUGGCCAUUGGUCAGGGAUGAUAGAAGUUGUAGUCCCAUAGCCAGUGCAACAGUGAGGUGACCUGAAGUGACCCACUUCUAGUAAGCUCCUCAGAGGGCAGGAGAUCCUGCCACUGCACCACCACUUAUUUUCUUCCAGCUGCUGCCUCUGCCUGGCCUUGGUGGUUGGAGGUGGCUACAAAUUCCUAGCACCCUUAACGAGCUAUGGCUUCCAUGGUUCUUUGCGGGAAGUCAUCUGAUUUAAAAAUGCAUUGAUGUUGUGGGACAGAUCCACAUGUUCUCUAAACGUGUGGGUCUGCCCCAUCAUGUCAGUGCCUCUUACUCACAUCUGCUCACCAGUAAUGGCCUGCUCAGAAACAUGAUGAUGCUGAGCAUAUAUAAAAGGUAAAGGUACCCCUGAUCCAGUUGCGGACGACUCUGGGGUUGCGUGCUUAUCUCGCUCUAUAGGCUGAGGGAGCCGGCGUUUGUCCGUAGACAGCUUCCGGGUAAUG